AUGGAUGUCGAAAAAGUUUUCCACAUGACUGGGGGAAGUGGCGAGGCUAGUUAUGCAAGGAAUUCUUCAAUUCAGAAGAGUGCAUCUGAAAAGGUGAAGCACAUAGUCCUGGAGACCAUUGUAGAACUCUAUCUCUCAACAACUCCGAAGAGCUUAGGAUUAGCGGACUUGGGUUGUUCCUCUGGACCAAAUUCACUAUCAAUCAUGAAGGCAAUGCUUCAGACUGUUGAAGAGAACUGUCUCAAACUCCGGCAACCGGAGCCCGAAUUCCGGGUGCACCUAAAUGAUCUGCCAACUAACGACUUCAAUGCAAUCUUUAAAGACUUGCCAGAUUUCUAUAAGGAGCUGAGGAAAGGAAGAAGCUCUGGUGGUCCAUCUGUAUACAUAGGUGCAUUUCCUGGCUCCUUUUAUGGAAGACUUUUUCCAGACAGUUGCUUGCACUUCAUUUAUUCCUCGAACAGUUUGCACUGGCUCUCUAGGCUUCCUCCAUCUCUAUACGACGAGCAAGGGAAGUCGAUAAACAAAGGCAACAUAUAUAUAUCCGAAUCCAGUCCUACGCAGGUCUCCGGGGCAUACUAUAGCCAAUUCCAAGAGGACUUCUCCUUGUUCCUUCGAUCUCGGUCCCAAGAGUUAAUUGUCGGAGGACGAAUGGUGUUGAUCUUGUGGGGAAGGAGAGGUUCAGAUCAUGUCGACAGAGACAAUAUAAUUUUGUGGGAAUUGCUCUCUCGAUCCUUCAAGAUUUUAGUUUCUCAGGGAGAAAUUGAGGAGGAAAAACUUGAUUCUUAUGAAAUUCAUUUUUAUGGACCAUCGAGAGAUGAAUUAGAAGAAGAAGUGAGGAGAGAGAGUUCUUUUAUAAUGGACCGGCUUGAAAUGUUUGAAUUCGAGAGGAAUGUUGAGGCUGGUAGGAGCUAUGGGAUGACUGUCGCAAAGACAGUACGUGCCGUCCAAGAAUCACUGAUUUCCCACCAUUUCGGAGAAGGGAUUUUAGAGAGUUUAUUUGAGCACUAUGGAAGAUUAGUGGAUGAAGAAAUGGCUAUACAAGAGAUUAAGCCAAUUGCUUUUGUUCUUGUUCUUAGAAAAUUAUGA